CCGCCUCUCUCUCCACUCUCAAGUUCGUCUUACUUUCUGUAGCCACAAAUCUAGUUCAGAGGUUUUCUUCUACAUUUAAUUUUUAUUAUACAUGUGAUAAUUCGCCUCUGAAGUAGGUAAGAUGAAUGGGACUGAUAAUCGGAGGAGAGAUCGGAGGGAUACUCGGAUUUCGAAGAAGCAGAAGUUGAUACUAAACGCGGAGGAGCAGCUCGAGUCCAAGCUCGGAUUCGAUGCGUUCAACGAAGGAGAGAAACGCCUCGGGUGGUUACUCACUUUGGCCUCAUCAUCGUGGGAGGAUCAGGAGACUCAUAAAGUGUAUAGUUGCGUCGAUCUUUAUUUUGUGUGCCAGGAUGGUUCAACGUUUAAAGCAAAGUACAAGUUCAGGCCGUAUUUUUAUGCCGCCACCAAGGAUAAUAUGGAAAUGGACGUUGAGGCUUAUUUGAGAAGGCGUUAUGAAGGUCAAGUUGCGGACAUUGAAAUUGUGGAGAAAGAAGAUCUUGAUCUUAAAAACCACCUAUCUGGUUUGCGCAAGUGUUAUUUGAAGAUAUCUUUUGAUACUGUUCAACAAUUGAUCCAAGUGAAGAAUGAUCUCAUUCAUGUAGUUGAAAGAAACCAAGCAAAGCUGGAAGCCGAGGAUGCAUACGAGUCCAUAUUGACAGGGCAAAGCAAACAACGGCCUCAAGAUUUCGUAGAAUGUAUUACUGAUCUUCGUGAAUUUGAUGUACCUUAUCAUGUUCGCUUUGCCAUUGACAAUGAUGUAAGGUGCGGGCAGUGGUAUGAUGUAAGUGUAUCCAGUGCGGGGAUUGCAGUGGAAAGGAGAACAGAUCUGUUGCAACGUGCAGAAGUUCAUGUCUGUGCUUUUGAUAUUGAGACUACAAAGCUUCCUUUAAAAUUUCCAGAUGCUGAAUACGAUUCAAUCAUGAUGAUUUCUUACAUGGUUGAUGGCCAAGGAUACCUCAUCAUUAAUAGAGAGUGUGUCGGGGAGGAUAUAGAGGAUUUAGAGUACACUCCAAAACCAGAAUUUGAAGGGUGUUUCAAAGUGACAAAUGUGAAGGACGAGAAAGGACUUCUUAGACUGUGGUUUGCCCAUAUGCAAGAUGUAAAGCCUGGUAUUUAUGUCACAUACAACGGCGACUUUUUUGACUGGCCAUUCCUUGAAACCAGAGCAGCCCAUCAUGGUUACAACAUGAAUGAAGAGCUUGGGUUUCGGUGUGACAAAAAUCAAGGUGAGUGUCGUGCCAAAUUUGCUUGCCACCUGGACUGCUUUGCAUGGGUUAAACGUGAUAGUUAUCUACCUCAAGGCAGCCAUGGUUUAAAGGCUGUGACAAAAGCCAAAUUAGGUUAUGAUCCAGUGGAAGUAAAUCCUGAGGAUAUGGUUCGUUUUGCCAAAGAACGGCCCCAGAUGAUGGCAUCCUAUUCUGUCUCUGAUGCUGUUGCAACUUACUACCUGUAUAUGACUUAUGUGCACCCCUUCAUUUUUUCGCUCGCUACUAUAAUCCCCAUGCCACCAGAUGAGGUUUUAAGGAAGGGAAGUGGGACUCUCUGUGAAAUGCUUCUUAUGGUCCAGGCAUACAAAGCAAAUGUCAUCUGCCCGAACAAACACCAAUCUGAUCCGGAGAAGUUCUACAAUAGUCAGCUCCUUGAGAGUGAGACAUAUAUUGGUGGUCAUGUGGAAUGUCUAGAAAGUGGGGUUUUUAGAUCUGAUCUUCCGACCAGUUUUAAUCUCGAUCCAGCUGCUUAUGGGCAACUACUUGAUAACCUUGACCGUGACCUGCAAUACGCUAUUAAGGUGGAGGGAAAGAUGGACCUCGAAUCAGUUACAAAUUAUGAUGAAGUAAAGAAUGCUAUCAGAGAGAAGCUUGUGAGCCUGAGAGAUGAGCCAAUACGGGAAGAAUGCCCUCUCAUAUAUCAUCUUGAUGUUGCUGCUAUGUAUCCAAACAUCAUUUUGACGAACAGGCUUCAGCCACCCUCAAUAGUCACGGAUGAAAUAUGCACAGCAUGCGAUUUUAACCGUCCGGGAAAAAAUUGCCUUAGGAAGCUUGAAUGGGUUUGGCGUGGAGAGAUAUACAUGGCAAAGAGAAGUGAUUACUAUCAUCUAAAGAGGCAAAUAGAAUCUGAGCUUGUCAUUGGUACGAAUGGGCAACUGUCGAACUCUUUCCUUGACUUGCCUAAAGCAGACCAACAAUUGAAACUGAAAGAGCGUCUGAAGAAAUACUGCCAAAAGGCAUACAAAAGGGUACUAGAUAAACCUGUUACUGAACUUCGAGAAGCAGGAAUCUGCAUGCGUGAAAACCCAUUUUAUGUUGACACUGUUCGCAGUUUUCGAGAUAGAAGAUAUGAAUACAAAGGACUCAAUAAAGUUUGGAAGGGAAAGUUGUCCGAAGCAAAGGCUAGUGGAAAUUCUAUCAAAAUCCAAGAAGCACAAGAUAUGGUAGUGCUCUAUGAUUCGUUGCAACUUGCCCAUAAGUGCAUUCUCAACUCCUUCUAUGGAUAUGUUAUGCGCAAGGGUGCAAGAUGGUACUCAAUGGAAAUGGCAGGAGUUGUUACAUAUACUGGAGCAAAAAUAAUUCAGAACGCUCGCUUACUGGUUGAACGAAUUGGAAGGCCUCUUGAAUUAGACACUGAUGGUAUCUGGUGUGCGCUACCAGGGUCAUUCCCAGAGAACUUCACAUUUAAGACGAAAGAUGCAAAGAAGAAGUUGACCAUAUCAUAUCCUUGUGUCAUGCUUAAUGUUGAUGUGGCUAGAAAUAAUACCAACGAUCAAUACCAGACCCUAAAAGAUCCUUUCAGUAAGACCUACACAACUCACAGUGAGUGCUCAAUUGAGUUUGAGGUGGAUGGGCCGUAUAAGGCAAUGAUUCUACCUGCUUCCAAGGAGGAAGGUAUUUUGAUCAAGAAGCGUUAUGCAGUUUUCAAUGAUGACGGUACCUUAGCUGAACUGAAGGGUUUUGAGAUCAAGCGUAGAGGUGAGCUGAAGCUCAUUAAAGUUUUCCAGGCUGAGCUGUUUGAUAAGUUUCUUCACGGGUCAACAUUAGAAGAGUGUUAUUCAUCUGUUGCUUCUGUUGCAAAUCGUUGGCUUGAUCUUCUUGAUAAUCAGGGAGAAGAUAUUGCAGAUAGUGAAUUACUUGAUUAUAUAUCAGAAUCAAGCACAAUGAGCAAGUCCUUAGCAGACUAUGGUGAACAAAAGUCAUGUGCAGUUACCACAGCAAAACGCCUAGCUGAUUUCCUUGGGGAUGCAAUGGUUAAAGACAAAGGAUUGCUCUGCCAGUAUAUAGUUGCAUGUGAACCAAAGGGAAUGCCGGUAAGUGAGCGUGCUAUUCCUGUUGCAAUCUUUGAGACUGAUGCGGAAAUUAUGAAAUUCUAUGUGAAGAAGUGGUGCAAAGUCUCAUCAGAUGUUGGCAUCCGAUCAAUUAUUGAUUGGUCAUACUACAAACAAAGACUUAGUUCAGCUAUUCAAAAAAUUAUCACAAUCCCUGCAGCUAUGCAAAAGGUUGCAAAUCCUGUCCCAAGGGUGAUUCAUCCUGAUUGGCUGCACAAGAAGGUACGUGAAAAAGAAGACAAAUUUCGUCAGCGAAAAUUGGUUGAUAUGUUCAGUCGGCAGCAGAGAGAUAAUGCUGUAAGAGUGAGUGGCGAUUCUCAAACCAAUGAUCAUGCGGUAGAUGGACAUAAUGUUACAGACAUGGAAGACUUUAGGAACACUGGAAAGACUCCUGCAGUUGGGCCUCAACCUAUUGUUCGUUCGUAUGAGACUGAUACUGUAAAGCAUGACGUUAGAACAAGUAAUUUAGUAGAAAAUGCAGAGCAAAAUGAUAGAGAUGAAAGUGGACAUAAGCCCUCAACACUGACAUUGCAAAAGGUUUUUGAAGAGAGCAUUGACAGAAGUGUAGAUUAUCAAGGAUGGCUGGAGUCAAGGAAGAGAAAGUGGAAAGAGACUCGGGAAAAAAGGAAGCGUAAAAGGUCAGACAACUCCAGGACGUUAAACCUAGCCAAUGGGGCUGAGGUGUCGAGCAGUAUUUUCAAUUACAAACAGGCUCAAGGCAGAGUUGGGGUCAAUUCCUAUUUUCAGAGGCAUGAUUUAGCACUCACACACCAUCAUUGGCAGAUUAUUCAGCUUCUACCAAGUUCAGAGCACGGUCAAUUUUUUGCUUGGGUAGUUGUAGAAGGAACAAUGCGUAAGAUUCCCAUACUUGUCCCCAGAGUAUUUUACCUCAAUUCAAAAGCCCCUAUAACAGAAGAAUUCCCUGGAAGGCGUGUGAACAAGAUUCUUCCCCAUGGACACCAAAGCUACAACUUGAUUGAGGUUGUAAUUGAUGAAGGCCAGUUUAGGACUGAAAGCAAGAAAUUAGCAGCUCAUCUUGCAGAUCCUGAAGUUGAGGGAAUAUAUGAAACAAAGAUCCCUCUGGAGUUUAAUGCUAUCCUUCAGAUUGGCUGCGUCUGUAAAGUGGACAAGUCAGCAAAAAAAAGGAACUUGCAAGACGGCUGGCGUUUGAAUGAAUUGCAUAUGAAGACAACAACAGAGUGCCCGUAUUUGGAAAAUUCAAUUUCUUUCUUUUACUUGUAUCAUAGCAUCUCUGAUGGUCGAGCUAUGUACGUUGCAUAUUUUCAUGCAUCAAGCCAAAUAUCCGUUGUGGUUGUCAGUCCUUUCCAAAGUAAGGAACUAUCGCCUCAAAUGCUAGAAAGACAAUUUAGUGAAGCUAGGCAAUCAUUAUCCUUUCAACCUCCCAAUCCAAAUGAAGGCAUUACGUUCAAGGUGGAAUAUGUUCGGUAUGUCAAGGAUGCCCAAAAGAACUUGCAGAGCACGAUAACGGAAUACAGACACCGGCAUCAUGGACCUGUUAUUGCUGUUAUAGAGUGCCCUAAUAUCCAGUUAUUGAAGUCUGGCAUACGGGCAUUAGAAGAUUUUCCUUGUGUCAGCAUCCCUUCCAAUGUUCGCGAUAGCCAAUAUCAGGCUAUUGGUUGGCAAGUAAUUGCUGCAAAAAUUGGAAUACAACGAUGUGCUGCAUCAACUCAAUGGUUAAAUGAGAGAGUUACACUGUCACGAUAUGCCCAUGUACCUUUGGGAAAUUUUGAAGUUGAUUGGCUCAUCCAUACAAUAGAUAUCUUCUUGUCGAGAGCCUUGCAUGAUCAGCAACAGUUGUUAGGUAUGGAGAUUAAUAACUUUUUCUACAACCAGGUCAAUCAACCUGUUCUUACUUAUCCUGGUGCUUAUAGGAAAAUUACGGUUGAGCUCAAGAUCCAUCACCUAGCUGUCAAUGCUCUUCUGAAGAGUAACCAAGUCAAUGAAAUGGAAGGAGGUGCUUUGUUUGGUCUAGACCAGGAACCCAAUCCUGCUUCAUUUAAUUCUGACAAGCAAUAUUGUUUUGAUGAGGCAACUUCCUGUGCACCUGCAUUUCGUGUUCUCAAACAGUUGAUACAAAGAUGCCUCGCUGAUGCAGUUACAUCUGGAAAUGUGUUUGCAGAUGCUAUAUUGCAGCAUCUCUACCGAUGGCUUUGCAGUCCAAGAUCUAAACUUCAUGACCCUGCUCUCCAUCGCAUGCUCCAUAAGGUUAUGCAGAAGGUGUUUGCUUUGCUGAUGGCUGAGCUUCGUAAAUUAGGUGCAACAAUUGUAUUUUCAAGCUUCCGCAGAGUUAUAAUUGAUACAGGAAAGUCUGAUCUGCCUGCAGCUAAAGCUUAUUGUGAGAGUGUCGUUAAAACUCUGCAGUCUAGGGACUUGUUUGAGUGGAUUGAACUUGAGCCGGUCCAGUUUUGGCACUCCCUGCUCUUUAUGGAUCAGUACAAUUAUGGUGGAAUUCAAGCUAGACUACAAGAUGGAGUAACUGAAGAAUAUUCAGAAGCAAGUAUGGAUAGCAUGCACAAUGAUUCUCAAGUAGACAUCAUCUCCAGCUGGACUAUUGCAGAAAACUUACCUAAAGCAACUCAGGAUUACUUCAUCUUGAUUGUUUCGGAAUUUUUAUAUAUUCCAUGGAAGUAUGCACAAGAAGAAGCGGCAAAACGAGCAUCUGCAAUGGGUGACCUAUGUACACCAUCAAUCACAGCUUCAACUGCUGAAAUUCUUGAAUCACAGAUGGCAGAAUUUCUGAAGAAAAAGAUUGGAACUGACUUUACAGACAAACUUCUUAAAAUUGUCUGUGAUCCAAGUCUUCACAUGAAAGGAAGAAGCAAGUCUCAGAGUGAUAACAUCUCAAUUGGAAGUUCGCAAUCUUUGAAGGACAUUCACAAGGGGGAUUCUGCUCUGGAUUUCAUCAAAUAUGUUUGUGCAGUUUUGGCACUUGACCAAAAAGUGCAACAUGAAGUUCUGGUAAUGAGAAGGAACCUUCUGAAAUUGGUUCGCAUUAGGGAAUUUGCUCCAGAGGCUGAAUUUCAAAAUCUAUCUAUGACCUUAACGCUACCAAAUGUCAUUUGCAGUUACUGCAACGACUGCAGAGAUCUAGAUUUGUGCCGUGACAGGGCAUUAAUGGCUCAGGAAUGGCGUUGCGCUGUGCCUCAGUGUGGGCAACCUUAUGACCGUGAAGUGAUGGAGAAUGCUCUCCUUCAGAUUAUUCGACAGAGGGAAAGACUCUACCACCUUCAAGACCUCGUGUGCCUCAAGUGCAAUCAAAUCAAAGCUGCCCACUUAGCCGAACAUUGUGCAUGUGCUGGAUCAUUUGCAUGCAAGGAAAAUUCCUCUGAAUUCCACAGCAAAAUGCAAAUUUUCUUGAAUGUAGCAGUCGCUCAGAAAUUCGAACUCCUCCAAGAAUGUGUCUCUUGGAUCUUAGAAGUCAGAUAAAUGUGAAAACGAAACACCUGAAUUGAAUUAUAUGCAGUUCCCUUCUGAGCCUCAAUCAGUGCAAGAAAUACAUCUGAGCUAUACAAUGCACGUGUCAGACGUCGUCUCUGGUCACUGCAGUAUAAACAUCAAAUGCUGGAUCCAGAUUGUGUUAUCCAUAUGGCUAUUAGCAGCAAUGUACAGAUACAGAAAGGAGAUUAUAUGAUGUCGAAGGAGGCCAUUGUCGGUCUUCCCACGCAGAAGUUGUCUAGGGCCUCAUCACCUCAGAUCUUGUUAACUGAAUUCAAAUUUAAGUUCCUCUACCCAUCUUAGAAUAUUUAAGCUGGUGGAGGGGUUGAUUAUGUAUUAUUUGCCUUGUAUACUAUGAGUCAAUGACACUCUAGGAUAGUUUUAACUUGAGAUUGUUGCAUAGGAGAAUAUCAGAUCAGGUCAUAGAAGGAUGCAAAUGCACUUGUCAUGUAAACCCCGCAAAUCGGACCUUUACUGUAUAUGAUAUAAAUGUUUUCACAUA